GCGAGUCAAGGGAGCGGAGUUUAAGGAUACCGUGUUGGGGUCUUCCCUAUUUCUGUCACCUGUUAGCGUCCCCCUGUUCUGCUUUUUCCAAUGCAUCCGCGGCGCCCCGAGGGCUUCGACGGCCUGGGCUACCGGGGUGGCCGAGAAGAGCCGGGGGGUUUCGCGGCCAAGUCGGACUUAGGCCACUGGGUCAGUACCCCGCCUGACAUCCCGGGCAGCCGUAACCUCCACUGGGGAGAGAAGACCCCGCAAUUCGCCUCAGGGACUCCGCUUGGGGCGGCGGCUGGGUUUAACGAGGAUUCGUCUUAUGCCGGAGGCGCUGGCGCUAGCUCCGAACAGUUGAAUCGAUUUGCCGGUUUUGGAAUUGGCCUGGCAAGUUUGUUUACAGAAAAUGUGCUGGCUCAUCCUUGCAUUGUUCUGCGUCGGCAGUGCCAGGUAAAUUACCAUGCCAAGAAUUAUCAUCUCACCCCAUUUACGAUCAUCAAUAUUAUGUAUAGCAUCAACAAGACCCAGGGGCCCAGAGCUCUUUGGAAAGGAAUGGGAAGCACUUUUAUUGUUCAGGGCAUAACUCUUGGGGCAGAAGGUAUCAUCAGUGAAUUCACACCCUUGCCAAGAGAGCUUUCAUAUAAAUGGAGUCCCAGGCAAAUAGGAGGACAUCUUAUGCUUAAAGGGUUGACUUAUGUGAUAGCAAUGCCUUUUUAUUCAGCAAGCCUGAUUGAAACUGUGCAAAGUGAAAUAAUUCGGGAUAAUCCUGGAAUUCUGGAUUGCUUGAAAGAGGGCAUAGGCAGAGCAAUGGGCUUUGGAGUACCCCAUAGCAAGCGGCUCCUUCCUCUUCUGGCACUGACCUUUCCAACUGUUCUGCAUGGAGUUCUUCACUAUAUAAUCAGUUCCUCUGUACAGAAGUUAGUCCUCCUCCUUCUAAAGAAAGAGAAUUCCCCCAGCCUUCCAACAGAGAACUCCAGCUCUGUGCAGAGCAUGUUGGAUGCUUAUUUUCCAGAACUUAUUGCUAGCUUUGCUGCCAGCCUUUGUGCAGAUGUCAUGCUCUAUCCACUGGAGACAGUUCUGCACCGUCUUCAUAUUCAAGGGACGCGCACCAUCAUUGACAAUACAGACCUUGGUUAUGAAGUUCUCCCUAUUAAUACUCAGUAUGAAGGAAUGAGAGACUGUAUCAACGCCAUAAAGCGUGAAGAAGGAAUAAUGGGGUUUUACAAAGGGUUUGGGGCUGUAGUUGUUCAAUAUACGUUGCAUGUAGCUGUAUUGCAGUUCACUAAAAUUAUUUACUCCACACUGCUACAGAAUGUUUCUUAAAAGUGAAUAGAUGUGGCCACAUGGAACGCUUCACAUUCAGAAGAUAGGUGAGCGAGCAAAAUCUGAGAAAUUAGAAUCUGCAGUAAUGUUUUUUCUUCGUGCCACUUAGAAUGUUCCUUUGUAAAUAGAGAUGUGUGUUCCCCUAUGUCCUUUGCACAAUACUUGAUCAAAGGAAAAAACAUGAAAGCUGAUAGGGGCUUUAAAAAUAUUGAAAUGUAAAUAAAGUAUUAGAAAAUAUUUUAUAAAUCUGUAUGACUGUGUUAAAGAUAUGAUUUUCAGACUGUUGCUGAUAGAUCUUAGACACAAUCCUGUUGGCAAUUUCUCCUGCAUAAACUCAAUUUGAUAUGAAUGCUAGCUGUGCAAGAGUAAGCUGUACUCUUGUUUUUAAGGUCUUCCCUCUUCUCAGAGGUACUUGCACUGAGGGUUGUGCCUUAGUUUCUAGAUGUAGCUUGAAAUGCUAAUUAUUUUGUCUGUAUUUGAAAGCUUUCAGAAGCCAAUGAACUUUGACAUUUCUGCUGAAGGGUUUCCCGUGUAAUUGCUGUAACAUGAAUUAAAGUCCUAAUAUUUUGUAAAGCUCAUUGCUAUGGUCAAGAACAUGAAUGUAAAACGUAUUGUUACCAAUAUUUUUCUGCUUCAGAUUCUUGUUGAUUUACAACUAUGACAUUAAUUUCUUCAUCAUUUUUUGAAGAAAGUUACAUGAUGCCAGAAACACACGCAAGUGGAUUGCUGAUUCAGGUGUCUAAAAGAAAGACACCCUGUUUUGACUAAAGAUGACUCCACAAUUCAAGGCUAACAGUAUGAGGCUUCACAAAAAUGUCAUAAGGAAUAUAUACAUGCACUGGAUAAAAACUAUAGGCUAUUGACCUAAGAGUAUUUGAAAGUAAGUUCUAUUGAAAUAUAAUGAGGUUUAUUUUAAAUAAAUAUGUGCUAAAUAACGUAUAAGUCAUAUAUCCUAAGAUACGUAUGUCUUACUGAUUUUUGUGAAUAAGUACAACAAUCAUGAUCUUUGUUUUCAAACUUCACUCAAAAGUAUAAAAAAAACUUGCUUACCUUUUAGUGUUGCUCAUCUUUUCCCUAAGAUUCACAUUCCUUUUAAGGAACUAUGGUUCAAUCUGGUGGUCAUUAUCUUUCUAGCACAGCAGUCUACAUUGUCCCCACUUCUGAUAUUAGCCUUUCAAAUCCUUGCUUAGCUGUUCUUCUGGAACAGGUAUGUGGCCCAUCAACAUAAUACAUAACACUGAACUUUAAUAUACAAUUUUAUUUCUUUCCUAAAAUGUCAAGAUUUGACUUUGUAAAAACUAAUUCUGACUAUUAAAUGUCUGUCUUUGCUUCUUUGUCCAAGCUUGAUCUAAUGGAGGCGUUUAGAAAGAUGUGUUUUUUCACAAUGCACUAGCAUGCUUUAAAAAAAAAAUCAUUCCUUUCUCAUAAAUUAACAAGUGUUGUAAAAGACUUGAUAUAUCUAUGUGAUGUUCAAAUUCAGACUUACUGUAAAAAAAAGUUUUUAUUUAAUGGACUGCAGUAAACACACUAAACAGUUCUGACACAUGGAGCUCUAUGACAGAAAGGCAAUUGUUUUGGUUGCCAUUCGUUAACUUUUGAGGAUAUCUUAAACACUUAGAUGUUAGAAUUGAGGAUACAAGAAAACUCGGUCUUUGAAAUAUCACAAGUGGCAGAAUAAAGCAAAUAUUGCAAAUUGCCUAAGAGAGGAAAUUCCAGCUUUUUAAUGUAUGUUGUAAUAUUUUUUAAAUACUUCUAAAAGAAUCUCGAAUAUGUUGAAAGGGAUGGUCACUCUGUCAACUCUAAAUAAAACUUCUAAAAAAACUGUGCUGUGAUGAACCUCUGGGUCCUUACAAUAUAAGGAGUUUGUUUCUCUAAACUUCUAGAGAGGAUUUAAAGAAAAAUGGUGCACAUAAU